AACAAGUAUUAAACAAAUACUGUCAUAGUCAACUAACAGGCAACAGCAUAGUGCGACCUUGACUUCAUAAAGAAUCCAGUCUGUGUUCGCCGGCCGGCGACCAAACUUGUUUUUCCGCCUUAUUUCCAUAGCGAACGUAAAUUAGAAUUACAAAAUCAAGAAGACACUUUUACUGUGAAACUCGAAGAAAACUAACGUGUCAGUAAUAAUGAAAUCCUUCAUAGAAUAUUCUGCAACAACAGAUUUUCCUAUAGAAAAUUUGCCUUAUGGUGUAUUCACGUCGCCUAAAAACGCCCAAAGACACAUCGGUGUUGCCAUUGGAGAAUGGAUACUAGAUCUGAAUACGAUCUCGCAUCUAUUUACCGGAGCGCUUUUGAAAGACAAACAACAUGUAUUUAAGGAAGAAAAGUUGAACGCGUUUAUGGGUUUGACAAAACCACAUUGGAUUGAAGCAAGGAAUACCAUUCAGAAACUUCUCGACGCUAAUAACACCAAAUUGAAAAAUGACAACGAACUACGACAAAAAGCUUUUAUCAAGCAGAGUGAUGCAACGAUGCAUAUGCCAGCAGAAAUCGGCGACUACACGGACUUUUACUCUUCUAUUCACCACGCCACCAACGUGGGCAUCAUGUUCAGGAGCAAGGAGAACGCUUUAAUGCCCAAUUGGAAAUAUUUGCCAGUCGGAUACCAUGGCCGAUCCAGCUCCAUCGUUAUAUCUGGAACUUCAAUCACAAGACCCAUGGGACAGACAUUGCCAGUCGAAGGAGCCGACCCUCAUUUCGGUCCAUGUCGUCUGAUGGACUUUGAACUGGAAAUGGCUUGCUUCAUUGGUGGACCCCCGACUGCCCUUGGAGAAAGGAUUACAGCCAAACAAGCUGAAGAUCGCAUUUUUGGAUUUGUCCUCAUGAACGAUUGGAGUGCUCGCGAUAUCCAAAAAUGGGAAUACAUACCACUGGGACCAUUCACAGCCAAAAACUUGGGCACGUCUAUAUCACCAUGGAUUGUGACAGUAGAAGCACUUCGCCCUUACAUUGUGGAUAACUACCCUCAAGAUCCAAUUCCGUUCCCUUACUUGCAGCAUGACGACAAAUUCAACUUUGAUAUUAAGCUAGAGGUGGACUUGAAGUCUGAGAAAUCAUCAGUGAUGACCACUAUAUGCCGAUCAAACUACCGCUUUCUGUAUUGGACAGCAAAGCAACAGCUGGCUCAACAAACUAUAACCGGCUGCAACUUGCGUCCUGGCGAUUUGUUAGGUUCUGGGACUAUUAGCGGUGACACAUCUGAUUCAUAUGGGAGCAUGCUCGAACUUAGCUGGAAAGGUACAAAACCUCUUCGCUUGCAAAAUGGUGAAGAGAGAAAAUUCCUACAAGAUGGAGACACUGUUAUACUCCGAGGUUAUUGUGUUAAUGAGCUGGGUGUCCGAAUCGGUUUUGGAAAAUGUGAAGGAAAACUUCUGCCAGCCUUGCCUUACAAAGAAUAAAUUAUGAUUUUUCAAAUCAAUACAAGAUUUUCACCAUUGUGAUUUAGUUUUCCUCACCUUGUGUCACAGCCAAGUGUGUUUUUAAUGCAAAUUUUUUUUAGAUUGUCAUAAAUAAACAUUUAGUUUUGUU